CACGAACAUUUUAGAGGUCGGACCGUGUUGUGUCCUGCUCUGCGGGUCCCCAAAGACAAACAUCUUGUAGGACGAACAUCUUCUCCUUAAAUGUUCUUUUGUGUUGAAGAUGUUCUCUGCGAGACUUAGAAGCACCAUAACUGCCCAGAAGGUGUGGCACCUGGCAAGACCCUCACCCAAAUGUCGGACGUUGUUACUUACCAGGUCAGACCCUCCAGAUAUAAAUUGGGUAUUCUCCUCCAGGUGGCCAACACUGAGAACCGGGGUUGUAGAAAAGAGUCACGCAGCCACGUUCCCAGCAAGGAACCAAUAUUUCCAUUCCUCUGUGGUGAGGCUGAAAAAGCGAGAGAAGCCCGAGCCUCCUCCCAGGGACGUGGACCUGCUGCGCGAUGACAUGCAGGACUUCUGGAAGAGUCCCAAACCCGCUCUCUGGCUGGGGUCCGCCGGGCUGAUCCCGUUUGUCGCCCCGACUCUCUUCAUGGGCGCCGUCGAGAUCUGCUACACGGAGCUGGUCUACGCUCAGGUGGCCUACGGAGCCUCCAUCGUUUCCUUCCUGGGCGGGUCUCGUUGGGGAUUCGCUCUCCCCGAGGGCAGCCCCGCCAAACCCGACUGGGUAAACCUGAGCAACAGUGUGGUGUCUCCACUCCUGGCCUGGGCCGCCAUGUUGAUAGCCGACAGCAUUUCUGCAGCCACUACGGUCAUCGUAGCACUAGGGAUCUCCCUUCACUAUGACCUGUCACUGCUGCCCACUUACCCCAGCUGGUUCAAAGCCCUGCGAGCCGUUUUGACCAUCGUGGCCGUCGUGUCUCUUCUGGGCACAAUCCUUGUGAUCAACGUAUAUCCAACAAAGAAAUUGUUUUCAGAGUAAGAAAUCAUGCAGACAGUACAAGCCUGAUUGCAUCCGUGGUUGAGAGCAGGCCCGGCCCUAACCAAUCUGGCGCCAUAG